CUUUUGUUCUUGCUUUUCUUAAAGCUCUUAUUCUCCACUUCUCUCUCUCUCUCUCUCUCUCUCAAGAACUAAUUUCUACCUGAAACCCUAUAAUUCUACUCUUAUCUCUCUCUCUGCUGCAUCACGCAAGGGCUAUAAUUAGAAGAAGAAGACUGGGGAAGACGCGCAUUUGAAAGAGAAUAAUGGGAUCGGGAGUUGGAAGCUUUCUCAAGGUGGUGCUGAAAAACUUUGAUAUUCUUGCUGGGCCGUUUAUCAGUCUUGUGUAUCCUCUGUAUGCCUCCAUCAGGGCAAUUGAGACUAAAUCUCCUAUAGAUGAUCAGCAGUGGCUUACCUAUUGGGUUCUGUAUUCCCUUAUUACUCUCUUUGAGCUUACCUUUAGCAAACUGCUCGAAUGGAUCCCCAUCUGGCCAUAUGCGAGGUUGAUUCUGAUGUGCUGGUUGGUCAUACCAUACUUCAGCGGUGCUGCAUAUGUAUAUGAACAUCUUGUGAGGCCCGUCCUUGUCAACCCUCAGACCAUUAACAUCUGGUAUGUCCCAAGGAAGAAGGAUCUCUUUAAUAAGCCAGAUGACAUUUUGACAGCUGCGGAGAAGUAUAUGGAAGAGCAUGGAACUGGGCAGUUUGAAAAUCUGAUCCAUAGGGCUCAUAAGCCUGGGACUAGCACAGUAUUUGAUGAGGACAAUCAUUAUUCAUAAUGUUCUACUUCAAGUUCUAGAGUUGGUGAUGCCUACCAACAGAGAUGUACAAUGUCACGAGCUGUUGUGUUGCAGUACUGGAUUUCACUGGCUUUCUGCUUUACGGUGAUAAUGUAGAUGCACCCUUUUGUUAUUCGCAGUAAUUCUACCGUUGCAGUUGCUGCUACGGUUCUUGUGCUUCCUUGUAUUUAGGGCAUGUAAUAGUGUAAAUUCUUCAGAUAAACUAUGAUGUACUCGAGGUACGAAAGUUGUGUUGCUUUAUUUUCA